AUGAAGUUGUCUGUGGUUUCCCUGAGCCUUUUGGCUCUCCUAACGCCUCUGGCCGCCGCUUGGUCAAAGGAGGAUCGCGAGAUCUUCCGUGUCCGUGACGAGAUCGCCACCUUCGAAGGCCCCGACGUUACCUUCUACGACGUUCUGGGCGUCACCUCCGCGGCCACCCAAGAUGAUAUCAACAAGGCCUACCGCAAGAAGUCUCGUUCCCUCCACCCCGACAAGGUAAAGCAGCAGCUCACCGCCGAGCGUGCCAAGGCCAAAAAGGACAAGAAGAACAAGAAGGCCGGUGUCAACGUCGCCAAGCCCCCCUCGCAAUCCGAGAUCAAGGCCGCCAUCAAGGAGGCUUCUGACCGACAGGCCCGCCUGUCCAUCAUCGCCAACAUCCUGAAAGGCUCCGGGCGUGCUCGCUACGACCACUUUGUGGCCAAUGGCUUCCCGACGUGGAAGGGCACCAACUACUAUUACGACCGGUACCGCCCCGGCCUGGGCACCGUCAUGUUCGGCGUCUUCCUCGCCCUGGGCGGCGGCGCGCACUACCUCGCUCUGUACAUGAGCUGGAAGCGCCAGCGCGAGUUCGUCGAGCGGUACAUCAAGUUUGCGCGGCACGCCGCGUGGGGCGACAACCUGGGAAUACCUGCCGUUGACGUUGGCGCCGGUGGUGCUCCAGUUGGGACUGCGGCGCCCCCAGCUCCCGCUGAUGAGCAGCAGCAGGAACAGGCCAUGCCUACGAACCGCAAGAUGAGGCGUAUGCAGGAGCGCGAGGCCAAGAAGGGCAGUUCUUCAGAUGGAGCUAAGCGUGGUGGUCGUCGAGCUGUUACCCGGGCUAGUUCUGGCACAGCUACCCCUACGGCCGCUGCAACAGCUGAUUCCGCCGGUCCCCAGGGCGCAAAGAAGCGCGUCGUUGCGGAGAAUGGCAAGGUCCUGGUCGUCGACUCUCUUGGUGACGUGUAUCUCGAGCAGGAGGAUGAGGAUGGCAACGUGGAGGAGUUCUUGCUUGAUCCCAACGAGAUUCCCAAGCCUACUAUCAGCGACACCGCCCUCGUGCGCAUGCCAAUCUGGUUCUAUGGCCGCACCGCCGGCCGCUUCCUCUCCAAAAACCAGGAUGGCGACGACGACUUCGAGGAGGUUGAGGAGGAGGCCUCAGACUUUAAGGAAGUCGCCUCCGCCGAGACGGACUCCUCAUCCGGUGCCGGUGGCAAGCGGACUCCAAGUACUGGUUCUGCGGACGAUGACUUUGAGCUGUUGGACAAAUCGAUCGAGGACGUCUCGGCUUCGAAGGCAACCGGCAGCCAGCCUCAGGCCAAGUCUGGAAAGAGCGGCAAGCGCAAGUCGAAGAAGCGAUGA